AUUGGUCUCUGAGAUUUCUGCCCCGCGAGAAUACGACCAAGUUAAAGUCCGAAAACACAUUACCGAGACUAUCAUCGGAUUUUAGGAUGUGCCAAUGUUUGUGAACAUUGAAGGCAGAUACGAGGGGUGUAGCAGUAAAGACGAAAAGAAGCCACUACAUUCAAGUCAAAAAACUCCGUGAAGGAUUUCUAUCGGAAGGAAAUCUCCGGUUCGGACACACAUGCUGGAUAUUGUUCUAUUUGUAAUUGCAUUCGGAUCGUAAGGACAGCUCGCUUGGAAGGAUUUGAACUCCUAGAAUUCGCCCGCCCAAACUGACUCAGACCACAGAGGAUAGCUACUGGUAAUACAGCUGUCUCUGUGUCUCUCUGUCUCUGUUUCGAGCUAACGGCUUCAUCUAACUGCCCAGGAUACCAUAACACCAUGGCUCCCCAGUUGUUGCCGUUGUUGUCUCUGGUCUCAACUCUCUACCUGGUGGCCCAGGGACAGGAGCAGCCUCAACCCAUAGAGGAGGAACCUAUCACAGCGAAGAACAUCCAGCUUCUGGGUGGCUGGUUCAGCAGAGACCCAGAGAGCCUGGAGGUGCAGACCACUGCUAAAGCUGCUGUGGACCACUUUAACACCCACUCUAAUGCCAGGAAAUUCUUCAGACUGAUCAAUGUCAUCUCCGCUGAGACUCAGGUGACUAACAUGAUCAACUAUAGGAUCGAGGUGAUCAUCGGGAAGACCAAGUGCCUCAAGACAGAGCACAACUCAGAUGUGGAGUCCUGUGUUCUGGGGAAAAAGCGCCUGACAUGUACGUUUGAGGUGUGGUUUAACCCUCGCAAUGAAAAGUACGAGAUCUCCAACUCCUCUUGCCAGAAGAAAAUCUGACUCCAGAUCAGUUUCAACCAACAACUACAUGAUCUGUCCUCUUCCUCCUGUAAUAAGUAACACUGACUCUAGACCAGUCAUCACCGUCUACUGACUACCUGAACAUGACAAUGACUAUCUACAGAGUUACGCUACAACGGAAUGCUUCAUCAUUGAAUGACUUUACUUUUCAAAACUGCUUAGAUUUCUUUUAGGAUUUGAUGUGAUUUUGUUUCUAAUAAAAUUGUUUUCAACUGA